AUAUUCAUAUCAUUAGUGAUGAAUAAUAAUGAAAAAAAAAUUCUGCCUGUUUAGUAUUUAAUCAAAUUAAUAAUCAAGUUUGCCAACAACAAAGGUGUUUCGAAUCCGUUUGUAUAUGUGUGUUCCAGGAUCCAAUGAUUGUGUCGCUUGUCUUUGAUUUUGUCCAUCUAAUCGAACAAUUCAUCCAUCCAUCCAUUCGAAUUAUUAUUCAAAUUUUCUCAAAACUUUGGACCCAAUAUUUUCAACCAUCUAUCUUUCAUUGCUCAUUCAUAUUGUAUCAGAGAUCAAAUUGAACUGGAUUGAAACAUUUGUGUUUUUUUUUUGUCGAUACUGAUGGUGAUGAUGAUGAUGAUGGUUGUGGUCAGAUUUUAAUUUUCGUUCUCCAAGACAAGUGUUUCAAAUCGGUGAAUUUUGAUUUUGCUGAAGUGGUGCACACCACUAUAUACACCAAAAAAAGAUGAUUGUUUGAAUUGAAAAAAAAACCGAACCGACAAAUCUGUCUCUUUUUUUUUUUUGCUGGUCAUUUUUGGUUGGUGGCUGAAAAAAUUCCUGGAAAAAUCGUGAAUAAAUAGUCAAAAAAAAAUUUGAUCAUCUGUUCUAAUAUAUAAAUAGAAGAAUCAAAAAAAAAAAAAAAUCAAUUCGUGAUCGAAUAUAUAUUUAAAAAAAAAUAGGAAAAAUUAAAAAAAAAGUAAAAAUGUCCAAAACAAAUUUAUGUAAUACGGUUGUUGGUGAUAAAUAUCGCAUUAUACGGCCAAUUGGUGCCGGUUCAUUUGGCGAUAUAUAUCGUGCCAUUAAUCUACAGAAUGGUGAAGAUGUUGCCGUCAAAGUUGAACCAGUAUCAGCACGACAUCCACAACUACGUUAUGAAGCACAUGUUUAUAAAUCAAUACAGAAUUGUUUUGGCUUUCCAAUGCUCAGAUAUUUUGGUAUUGAAAAAAAUUAUCAAAUUAUGAUCAUCGACCUAUUAGGUCCAUCAUUGGAAGAUCUAUUCUCAUAUUGUCGACGGCGAUUUUCAUUGAAAACCGUAUUAAUGUUAGCCGAUCAGAUGUUGAUCCGUAUUGAAUAUCUACAUUCACGUGGAUAUAUUCAUAGAGAUAUUAAACCCGAUAAUUUUCUAAUGGGUAUUGGUCGUUUUUCACCCCGUGUAUAUCUUAUUGAUUUUGGUCUGGCGAAGAAAUAUUAUGAUGUACGUACAGGAAAACAUAUUGAAUAUCGUGAAGAUAAACAUUUAACAGGUACGGCACGUUAUGCAUCAGUCAAUGCUCAUUUAGGUAUCGAACAAAGUCGUCGUGAUGAUCUUGAAUCAUUUGGUUAUGUGUUGAUCUAUUUUCUUCGUGGUUCAUUACCAUGGCAAGGUCUAAAAGCAUCGAAUAAGAAACAAAAAUAUGAUCGUAUAACCGAAAGAAAAAUGUCCACACCAAUUGAAGCCCUUUGUUUGGGUUUUCCAGCCGAAUUUCAAAUGUUUCUCAAUUAUUGCCGUGGUUUACGGUUUGAAGAAGAUCCGGAUUAUAUGUAUUUACGGCAAUUAUUUAGAAUAUUAUUCCGUAGUCAUCAUUAUGAAUAUGAUUAUGAAUAUGAUUGGACGAUACGUAAAGAGAUUGAAAGGCGAGCUGGUAUUGAUAAUAAUUAUAAUAAUAAUAAUAUGGCCAAUACAAAAAUACCGGCUAAUAAACAGCAACAAAUGCAACAGGAUUCAACGAAUGUACAUGAUGGUUUAUUUGAAAAGAAAUAGUGAUUUUUUUUCUGUAUAUUAUAUUCUCAACAACAACAACAACAAUAUCUGACAUUCACACACACACACACAAAAUAUAUUUACACCAAAAUCCGUUGCAAUAUACAUUUUAUUAAUGCAUCAUACAUCGAUAUGAAUUGAUUGAUUGGAAAAAAUGAAUUGAAUGAAGAAUAAUUUUUUUUUGUUUGUUUUAAAUGCCUCAUCAUCAUCAUUUGUUACUGAAUUUCGUAUGAGAAAAAAAACAUUAACGAUGGUCAUUGGUCAAUUACCCAAAUGGAAUUGAUUCGGUGUAACAUUUGUAACAUGGUCUGUCAACGGAAUCGUUAUAAUCACAUAUAGAACAACAACAACAACAACAAUAACUUUCAGCAUCAAAUUAAAGUCAAUUUCA